GGCGACGUUUGAGCGGCAUUACGGACGUAUCGGCGGCGCCGCGCGUGAAACCCGCUGAGGGCGAAGGGGGAGAAGUCAGGUGUGAGGAGAUGAGCCCGGUCUGCUCGCCCGUGUGGGUGCAUCGUGAACAGAAACAGAGGGGCUCCAGCCGUUGAAGGAUAAAAAAAAAAAGUGCGGAAGAAUGGACGGGGGCACGGGUAGACAGGACCCGGGGGACGCUCCUGUCAUCAUCGUGGAGAACGAAGCUGAGAGCGUGCCGGCGCCGGAGGAGAAGUCGGGUGCAGACGGCCGGAAUUACCUGGACACUUGCCCCCUCUGCCGUCUGAACUUUCACAGCCGGGAGCCCAAACUUCUGCCGUGUCUGCACUCCUUCUGCAAGAGGUGUUUGCCCUCGCCCUCCAGGAACUUGGCCACGACGGAGCCGCCAAAGCCCCUGGUUGACGGUGCGACCCAACCACUGAAUGUGAUCCGCUGUCCGGUGUGCAGGCAGGAGUGCAUGGAGGUGGACGUGGUCGAAAACGUCUUUGCGAAGGACUCGGCCGAGGCUCCCAGCAGCACGGUGGAGAGGACAGUCCUGCUCUGCAUGACCUGUGAUGACAACACCGAGGCUGCCGGCUUUUGCCUGGACUGUGCUGAGUACCUCUGUGCCACAUGCGUGGAGGCCCACCAGAGGGUCAAAUUCACCAAAGACCACACCAUCAGACAGAAGACUGAAGUAUCCCAAGAGGUCCGCGGCGUGUCGUCUCAGAAGCCCAUGUUCUGUGAGAUCCACAAACCAGAGCCGCUGAAGCUGUUCUGUGAGACCUGUGACCAGUUAACCUGCCGCGACUGCCAACUAGUAAAGCACAAGGACCACAAUUACCAGUUCCUUGAUGAUGCUUACAAAAACCACAAGCAGCACAUGGAGCGUAUGACCCGCCAGCUGCAGGAGAAAAAGAAACUGAUUGAAGAGGUGUCAAACUCCAUAAACAAUGAACUUUUUCAGGCUGAUCAGAAUUGUACGUCUGUUCAUAAUGAAAUAAAGAAGUCCAUCUGCAGUCUGAUCCUCGAGAUAAACAAGAAGGGCAAGAUGCUAGUUAAUCAACUUGAGGCAGUAACAAAGGAUCAUGAGGCCGUCUUGCGCAAACAACAGGAGGACAUCGGAUAUCUAUCCAGACACCUGGAUCAUGUCAUCAACUUCACGAAAUGGGCCACCGCCAAGAAUGGGGGCACGGCCCUCUUGUACUGUAAACGUCUGAUUCUGUUUCAGAUUGGAAACCUCCUGCAGGCAAAAUGCAGUACCUCAUUUAUACCACAGAGCACUGUACGCUUCCAGUGUCGUUCCUCUUAUUGGGCCUCAAAUAUUGAUCUGGGCACUUUAGUGGUGGAGAGUGUACCAGGCCACCAGCUGGUUGGCUUUCAGGGUAUCCCCCAUCAGCUGUCCCACCCCGGGCAAGGCCCCUCAGGCUCACCCCACAGCUUUGCCCUGGGAGCUCCCCAUAAUACUCUGGCUCAGCUCCAGAUGCAGGUGGACAAGCUCAACCCGCAGGCCCGCUGGCAGCCGCAGCCACCUCAUCCACCGUGGACAUGGUACCAGAGUGUCCGACUGCAGCGCUCCGUCCCAGGGCCCCUGCAGGGAGGCUCUCCCUCCCACAGUCUGCCUCCUCAACCGGGCCGUAGGUUUAUAGUGCCUCCACCCAACCACGUCAGCCCAACUAGCAGCCUACCCAGCCCUGGGUUUAUGCCUCAGCCUCCGAGGGGAAUGGAAAGCAGCUCCAGCUACCAAGCCAAACCUGCGGACGUAGUGUCCUCCUCACCUUUGUACACCCAUAUUACACCACUGUCCACCAAUGGUGGCGUGAGUUUUCCUCAGUCACAACAGACAAUUGAGCCCACAUAUCUGAACAGGAUGAACGAUUCAGCGGGUCCAGUAUACAUGCUGAAACCAAACUAUCCCCAGAGUCUACCACCGUCUUUGCCACACAGAAAUGAUUUUCAUUUCUCUCAAGUGCAAGGACAGCAGAACUCACCAGGGUACGCUGCUGUAUCCCAAUUGGAGAAGCCAGGGACCGUCUCCUGGAAACCUCCAGAAACACAACAGGCUGGUGGAGCAGUGGGCUCAGCUGUCAAGAAGAGACGAAGGUUGUCACCAGGGCCCAUCAUUGUCAUCAAAGAUGAGCCAGAGGAUGACAGUAGCUAUAUACAAAACAACCAGAGAGCCAGCCUUCCUGACAGCACAGGAGAACACCCGCAAAUCAGUGGCCAAGGCGAAGGGAACAAGGUCCCAUCUCCUCCUCAAAGCACAAACGACAAACCCCACAGCCCCUCAAUGUCUCCAAGCGGGCCGCGGGACCAGAGGAAGACUAAUGCUCCAAACCACAUCCAUUCACUGGGAGGGGAACAGCAGGUUGACCAGAAUCGGGCUCAGCUGGAAGACGCUAAUGAAGUCGUGUGUGCUGUGUGUCGGAGUGGAGGAGAGCUGCUGUUCUGCGAUAAGUGUCCCAAAGUUUUUCACCUAGCGUGCCAUGUUCCAUCUCUCCUCAGAUCUCCCAGCGGGGAAUGGUUUUGCUCUUUCUGCCGUGACCUGUUAGUGCCCGAGAUGGAGUACGACUGUGACUGCAAACCUGAGGCCAAAACAAUAAAGAAGGAGCCAGACUCUGAAGGAGGAUUUCCCCCCGUGGACAAACGAAAGUGUGAGAGGCUGUUGCUGCACUUGUUUUGCAGCGACCUGAGUUCAAACUAUCAAGAGCCUGUGUCCCCCUCGGUAUGUGUUAACAACACGCCGACUCGAAAGGCGCCGACGAAUCUUUCAGCUGUGAAAAAACGACUGGAGGCUAAGCAGAGUCUGUGCUACCAAAGCCCUGCAGAGUUUGUAUCAGACAUCAGGCUCAUCUUCGGAAAUUGUGAAGUCCUCAGUGAGGGUGUGACAGAGGCCCCAUUGGCAGGCGGGAGGCUUAUCGAGCUGUUUGAAGAGCACCUGAGGAUAAUCUUCUCUGACCAAGCCUUCCCAGAAGUCAAACUGUAUGCGAUACCUACCGCCAUCCCCGACUCUCAAGUCUCAUCUCUCGACGAUAUUUCCCAGCCUGCAAAGCGCCAGCGCACGUGCCCAGACUCCCAGGAUGAACAGAGCUGUCCCAAUGGAGAGGAGGGAGCAGUAUAAAAGAACAAAUGCUGGUAAUAGUUUAGAUAUUUGACAACAACGCCAGCACCAGCUAAUAUGUGGUGUGUAAAACUUCAUUACAAACAUUUAAGACACUAAUUCAGGGCACCAAAUGUUUUAUGAUGAAUUGUAUUGCAAACAAAGAAUUAUGAUACAGGGCACACAAUUUUUCUAUGUUCUGGACUAAACUGUGUUACAGAUGUUGGAUUCACACUGAAAGUCUAAAUUAAUCAGAUUAGGAUCUGAUUAAGGACGGAAGUACAUACAAUACAUGCAGCACACUUAGGUACUCGCAGGGUUCAGCUGACUGGUUAUUGUUGUCACCAGUUUUACCUGUGUUUGGUAAAUGAAAGUUUCUUUCCUUAACAUAAGUCUUACUACACUGAGCUAAUUGGUGGUGUGGUCAGGUCUGGUGGGUUUUUAUUUUUUUCCCUGUUUAGCGCUCCAUGUGUAAAUAUCACGAGCUUUGAUGUUUGCGGUCUAUCUAACGUGGAAUAAGAUGUGUCACAAGACACCCCAAGGCCAGUAAAGUGAAAGCAUAAAGGGAAUCAAAACAGUCUGAUAAAACCACAGACGGUUUAAGCUUUUACAUUGUAACGCAUACUUUAAAUUAUUUCUGGGUCUGAUUUGUCUGUUUGUUUUUUUAACAUAGUGCAGAACAACAGAUUUAAUGUUAUAAAGGUAAAUGUUAUGUGUAAUUUCUUUACAUAUACAGUAUGUUAUUUAUUUAUUUAUUUAUAUUUUAAAAAGAUUUGACCAGAUUCAUCAUAUUUAUCAGAUUUUAUUGUGAAGGACUAAGCACAUAGCAUAUGUUUCAGUAUGUGCGUCUUUGUUUUUUCUCCAGGAUUGGUUUUAUUCGGUUAACAUGUUUUCGUCUUAACACUAUUGUGAACUGUUAUUUUAUAGAAUCCAAGAGCCAGAACAUGUAGCCCCCAAACAUACUUGGAUGAAAGUCAACUUGCCGGUGUUUACAGUG